CUUCCCGCACGAUCUCACGAUGUGUUUGUAGAUAAAGGUGAGUGUAUCUCGGACCCUUGUCAGAACGGCGCUACAUGUGUCGACAGGACGGACCGCUACGUCUGCCAGUGUGCGCCUGGAUGGGAGGGAACUAACUGCGACAUCAACAUCGACGAGUGUGCGUCCGGACCAUGUCAAAACAACGCCACCUGUCAUGACCAUGUCAACUACUACACCUGUAACUGCACCUCUGGAUGGGAGGGAACCCACUGUGAGAUAAACACAGAUGAGUGCGCGUCUUCGCCUUGUCUGAACAGCGCCGCCUGUCGUGACCGUGUGAAUUACUACCUCUGUGACUGCGCACCGGGGUACCAUGGGAUACACUGUGAAGAAGACACAGACGAGUGCGCAUCUGACCCCUGUUUAAACAGCGCCACCUGUCUUGACUGGGUGAACUACUACUCCUGUGAAUGCGCGGCUGGCUACAGUGGGACACACUGUGAAAAAGACAUCAACGAGUGUGCGUCCUACCCGUGUAGAAAUGGUUCCACCUGCCAUGACCACCUGAACGGUUACACCUGCCAGUGUGAAUCGGGAUGGGAGGGCGUACACUGUGAUAUAGACAUAGACGAGUGCCUGUCGGACCCCUGUCAGAACCAGGGCAGGUGUUUGGACAUUGUGAACGGGUACGGCUGUUUCUGUCGGUACGGAUGGAUCGGGACACAGUGUGGCAUCAACCGCCCGUGCCCGACCAACAUUUGUGAGAAUGACGGCCAUUGCAUCAUGGUACCGGAAGGCUUCAGAUGUCUGUGUUACCGGGGGUGGACAGGGACAUACUGUGAGAAAGUGUUCCUCGGUGAAAACGUCGAGGUGGACUGGCAGCUCGGCGAGUCCAUCACCCGCGGAAAUUGGUCAGCCGGUAACGAGGAGCACCUGAUCCAGGACUGCCGACAGUCCGACCGCUUCCCGUUCCGUACCUACAACCAGUGCCUGCGGCCUGGCGACGGCGGGCAGGCCAUCAGUAACGAGGCCGCUCACAGCGGGAACUUCUCCUGGCACUUCAAGAGAGGUUACUCCAGCCUGGGCGCGGGGACGCCUUUCUCCGCUAGCUUACACACCUGGGCGGGCAGAAAGGACGGAGAGUAUACGGCGGGCGCGGACUCGUUCUACGCUUCCUUCUUCUUCAAACUCGCUAACAAUAAACUUGACGAGUCGAGGAUAGCCGUAAUGGCAGGAAACCCACAUGGGGACGAAAGAGCUUCAAACUACCUCGAAAUUUACGCAGAACCGGAGCAGAGAGUAUCGGGUGCCCGAUUUAAAGGGCUCCAUGUCCGGGUGGCCGAUAGUUACCCUGACUAUGCCUACUGCUCGCUAUAUAAGAACUGCACAAGCGGGCACUUCUAUUACAUAGCAGAGAAUCUCACUAUCUCUGAGUGGCAUAGAAUUGAAAUGACGCUACACGCAAAACCGGUAGACUAUUUCGACGAAUGGCACUACCUAGUAGAUCAGAAGUAUAACUUUUCUGGAGGUGCGUACUUUCAAACAGAGAGGUACGAUAAAGGUUGGCCCUACGAGUAUGUAAAUAGACUCAAAUUUCAGCCCAGGCAUGAUAACUAUAAAAAGAAGUAUCUAGGUUUUUUCUUCGAUGAUAUUUACUACAAGGCCUUCGACGCGGAAGAGAGAUUUGACACAAUUGAGGAAUACGGAACGUCGUUUGAAGAAGUCAUUUUGCCAUAA